ACUUGCUGGGUUAUCAUGACUUGGGCUAUGGAAUUGGAACAUGACAAAUAACAAACCUUCUUGUAUAUGACUAGAUGCAAGUCAAUGGAAAGACUCAACCAAACCAGAAGAGUCUCUGAAUUCAUCCUCCUGGGACUCUCCUCCCUGCCUGAGGACCAGAAGCCACUCUUCAUCCUCUUCUUCAUCAUAUACCUGGUCACCAUAACAGGGAAUCUGCUCAUCAUCCUGGCCAUCCACUCUGACUCCCAGCUCCAAACCCCCAUGUAUUUAUUCUUGAGUUUCCUGUCUUUCACUGACAUUUGCUUCACAACAACCAUUGUCCCCAGGAUGCUGGUGAACUUUCUGUCACACAAGACCAUCUCCUAUGCUGGGUGUCUGACCCAGAUGUAUUUUAUAUAUGCCUUGGGCAACACUGACAGUUGGCUUCUAGUAGUCAUGGCCUUUGACCGCUAUGUGGCCAUCUGUGACCCCUUCCAUUAUGUCACCAUCAUGAGCCAUCACCGCUGUGUCCUGCUGGUGGCCUUCUCCUGCUCAUUGCCUCACUUCCACUCACUCCUACAUACACUUUUGCUGAAUCAGGUCACUUUCUGUGACUCUAAUAUUAUCCACCACUUCCUCUGUGACUUCAGCCCUCUGGUGAAAUUAUCGUGCUCCUCCACAUUUGUCAAUGAAAUUGUCAUGAUGAUAGAAGGAUCUGUUUUUUUGGUGACUCCCUUUCUAUGCAUUACUUUUUCGUAUAUACGAAUCCUCCUUGCGGUUCUCAAAAUGCCCUCGGCUGCUGGGAAACACAAAGCCUUCUCCACGUGUGGAUCUCACCUCACUGUGGUAACACUCUUUUAUGGAAGCAUCUUCUAUGUCUAUUUACAGCCUGUGUCCACCUACACCAUCAGGGACCACAUGGCAACAAUUGUCUACACAGUUUUAACUUCCACCCUCAAUCCCUUUAUCUACAGCCUGAGAAACAAAGACCUGAAACAGGGCCUGAGAAAGCUGUUGGUUAGAAGGAAACCAUAGGCAGCACCCUCUUGAAAAACACACGUGUGGAUUCUGCUCCACUUGAAUCUGGUUUCUGCUGAUUCUUGGUAAACAAGCAAGUUCUUGGAGGUUAGCUUCUUUAACCCAUGUGAGAUGAGGCAUUAUGGGUAAUUACAUCCAGUGAUGAUGAUCCUUCAGUUGGCUCUGCCUCUGCUUAAUCAAGAUACUUUCCCUCUCUAUUUCUCCUCUCUCCUAUGAAGAGUCAUCACAGUGAAUCUUCCAAAUGAGAUGCUUUAAACUAAUCCUUUUCCCACGGAUACUUCCUGAACAAACUGCUCUCUUUUCAAGACUUAUCCACCAACAUCCUUCACAUUUC